UCCCUUUAAGAGAACAAAGUUUGGCUUGCAGCUUCCCUAGCCUUGCUUCAGAACCACUUUAAGGCAAUCGCAGAGGCACCGCUUGACCAAGGAGCACAUCAUACACAAGGAACGAGCACCGGCCAACACCUGAGAAUUGCCUCUGCAGACUUCUGCCUCGCCUGACAAGAUGGUGUCCUCCAACCGCUUCCUCGCCAUCUUUGCCGCACUAUUUCUGGUUGCAGAGCUGGCGCAUUGUGCGCGUCCAGUCGGCCUGAGGCGUUCCCUGCAGCAGCUAGUGCAGCCGAUGGGCGCGGGCAAGUCCUUCGGGACGCUGUCAUCGGGCGGCGGCAAAUUCGCGCCGAUGGCCGGAGGCGGCCCCAAGACACCCGCGGCCAGCGCCGGCGGCGCAGAUGGCGGCGAUGUCACCCCCCAGUCCUCCGGCCUCGUCAGCAGCGGCGGCAGCGGCGGCAAGGGCUCGGUGUCGCUGAUGCCUGGCAAUGGCGGCGGCGGCGCGGCGGCCGGCACCAGCCCUGCGGCGAGCAGCAUCGUCAGCAGCACGCCCGUGCCCAUCCGCAGGACUCCUACUGUGACCCCCGAGGCGUCCUCCGCCAACACUGACACCAGCUCCAACAACGGCAACCAGGGCGGCAAUAACCAGAACAGCAACACCCAGAACAGGAUCAACAGCCCCAGCCCUUACUACAACAACAGCCCUUGAUGUGCCCGGGCAAUGAGCAACUCCGCACGCACAUGCAUCAAGAUCCCCGUACCCCUGAUCCGGUUUCAAAUUCGAAACCU